AUGAGUAUCCUCAGUUGGAAUUGUCGGGGGCUUGGGAACCCCUGGACAGUUAACGCUUUUAAACGAGCAUGGAAUAAAAAAGCUCCCAUCUAUGUCUUCCUCAUGGAGAUAAAACUCAUCACUGAUCAGUUGAAUGCUAAGAAACAAGGUUGGACUUAUAACCAAGGCAUUGCGAUCUCCUUUGAAGGCUCAAGUGGCGGUCUUGCACUCCUUUGGAAACCUGAUGCAAAGGUAUAUGUAAAAAACUUUUCUCGUUGGUUUAUUGAUGCCCAUGUUGUGUGUGAAACUACAGGUCUGACAUGGAAGCUUACUGGCUUCUAUGGACAACUUGACACAAGCAAACGUGAAGAAACUUGGACCCUACUUGAAUCCUUGGGCCAAUCUAACACUCUUCCUUGGCUCUGUGUUGGAGACUACAAUGAAAUUGUUAAAUGCUCAGAGAAACUAGGUGGUGCUUUAAGACCAGCCCGACAGAUGGAUCGCUUUUGUACAGUCAUCCACCAUUGCCGCUUCCUCAAACUAGGCUAUAUCAGGUCUCAUUUGACUUGGUCAAGAAAUCAUCUUAUGGAAGUCUGCACUCAUACUAGGUUAAACUGCACACUAGCUACUGUGGCUUGGUGUUCUUUCUUCCCUGGCACUACUGUUCAUCAUAUCCCAAUGUCCUCUUCGGAUUACUCCCUGCUCUCUGUCUGCUUCCUUCCCUCCACCGCCAGACCACGUCCUCCUGGCUGGCUAUUUCGUUUUGAAGCCAUGUGGCUGUGUGACUCUCGCUAUACUAAGGUCAUCCAAGAAGCAUGGCAAGAUGGCCUUCUCAAACCUAACAAUGCAUAA